AUGAAUGAAACAUUUAAUGGAAUCGACCUCAUGGAUGAAAUUGGUUUCAAAGAUGAAGCUUUCAUUAUUAAUCUUCUGGACACAUUGAAAGGUCACAAGUCAAUAAAAUAUCUCAGUCUACAUGUUCAAGAUAUACGACCGUCGAAUCAGAAAGAAAUUCAUUUAGUAACAUCACUGAGAAACGAUAAAUUAAUUUCACAUCUGUGUAUAUCUGCGUCUGUUAUUUCACGUGAACUCACAGAAGCAUUGAUUCACGCUUCGAAAGAACGUAAUACAUUGACUCAUCUAGAAUUUUACAAUAGUCAAGUGGCCGAUGACGAUAUGGCGCAGCUGAAGUCAUUGUAUAAUAAUGGGACUUUGAUUAAAUUGGCAUUCUAUGAACAACCACGUUGGCCUGUGACGCUUGAGGAAACAAAUGGGCAACUUAAGAAUGGUAAGAAAUGAGGAUGGUUUAGAAUCCUGAGUGCUCGUAGAUAUUUAUUUGUAGUCUUAAGAGACGGCCCAAGAGGGAAUCAAGCAUUUUUAACCCGAUCUGUACUCUAAAAAGAAUUGAUUCCCUUUGUACGCAUUGGAAAUGAAAACCUGACUAUAGUUACCUAUAAACUCCAAUGUUCAGCUUUCUAUGUUAUACAUAUUCCAAGUUCUUACAAACUAACUGAACAGAAGUUUUUUUAACAGAAAUUCAUUCUUUCCUUUUUCAAAAAUCUUUUAAAAGUAUGACAGCAUUUUCAUCGAUAGAUGUCGAUGUAAUUAUAAUACCAAGCAAAAUCUCGAACGACAGAACUUAAUGCGAAUUACACAAUCGUACCUAUGACUAUUUCUCACACCUCUAUUCUGACAUGCAAUCAUAUGAACGAUCUUCAAAAACAUCUUCGCUUGAUCUUUUUGUUCGAAUAGACUUUUUCGUAUAUCCCAACAUUUCUCUAUAGGCCAAUUGAAAGAUAAUUCAAUCAGUACCAAAUAAUUGAUAUUCCACGGAGUUCACACACUUUUUUGCCCUCGUAGGAUGUGGAUGUAGCUGUAGACUUAUGCCUUCCGUUACUCACACCCACCUACACCCACACUCUUUUCAACUUCUCUUUCAAGAAAUAUUCACAAAAGUAACUGCUGUUAUUUCUCAUCUAAAUUUCAAUUCAAUAUUAAUAUAAAUUUUUAAAACAUUGUAGACUUCAAAAUUCUGCUUAGUUGGACAUGAAAUAUAAUAAAAAUUUGAAAAGAAAACCGCUUAUGUAAUGCUGUCGAGAUUCAUGUUGUGAACUAAAGAUUAACAAAUUUUAAUUAGAUCAUCUCGAAAAUUUUCACAUAUUAAAUACAUAACAAAACAUAAGCUUGCGAAGAUCGAGUAGUGUCACAUAUCCAAGAUUUUGGAGAUGCCACCGCAUCUCCCGCGGGAGACGCGGCAUCCACACUCGGGAGAUGAGGUCAUUCACCACUGGAGAUGUAAGAUCUCCUUUAGAGAAACGUAUUCCCCACACCCACACUCUCAUCUCUCGCGCGACAUGCGGCAUCUCCCGCAGGAGAUGUGGUGGCAUCUCCAAAAUCUUGGAUAUGUGACACUGUUGAAAGAUCCAGAAGCAUUUCGUUCUGAAAAGUUCAAAACAGACUCGAGAUCGAAACUGAGCCACAUUUAUUUAUUUGGAAAAUAUUUUUUUUACGUAUGCUAAGAUUUUCUUCUGAUCUAGACUAUAACUGUUGACUCGAUUCUCGAAUCAUAAUCAUCAUCUUGUCUGCUAUUCCUUCAAAACUCCAUAGUAGAAUUGACAGUAAAUUGUAUUAACCUCCUAAUGACUUCUUGUGUUCGUAUGAAGAUUUUUAUCAUGAUUAGCAUCGCUUAGCGAUGACUCGUAAUGCAGAUGAUGUGAUGUCUCCAAACAUAAUUCUCAAUAGUUACAAUGAAGAUUUCGAUCAACAGAUAUGUAUCAGAUUGUAGGGAUUAUCGUGAAAUGUUCUUCGAAUUUCUCCAUGUAAGAUUCUUAUGGAUCUCGUUAUUUUCCUAGCUGUCCAGUUAGACAAGAUCCUUUAAAAACAAGCCAUGUCAAAACAUGACGUUCCGACCGAUAUGUAUGAGAAAUUUUAUGAGUUGUUGCGUGUUCGAAGAUAGCCAUGUGUAUUUUUGUCUUAUCAUUUGCGAACAUAAAAUCGAAAUUCACAAACUGUUAAAUUGAAUUUCCUGUUUUUUUAUUUAACUUAUAAAAAUAGGAUAUGAUCUUAAGUGUCAAAUUUUCCUUAUUUAGAUUCUUAAAAAUUCAAGAAAAGUUAUACCUGCAGCUGUUGAUUUUAACUACUAGCUGUAAUCCAUAGAAUUCCCUAAAUAUUGAGUUUCAUUAUUUAUAUUUAAGCCCCUCCCCCUUAAAAAAAGUCAAUUUUCGUCAAAAAUUCCGAAACUGAGACAAAUACAUGGGGAGCCAGCCCGUCAUCUGCUCUUUCAUAAACGAUAAUCUGUUUUUCUCGUUACUUCAUUUUUUUUCAAAAAAUUUUCAAGAUUUCCGUCAACGCGUAUUCGAAAAACCAGCUGUUCUUUGAAAAAUCAAAAAAUGUUUUUCGUUUUUUCUCAGUUUCCGCUUUCUCAAAAACGCAUCCCAAAUAAGUCAUUUUUUACCCUUGUUUGGCUCAUAUCUCCCUAAACCCCGAAGAUUUAGUGCUGAAAAUUUUACGGCAGUCUCCCCUUUCUAGUUCCAACAUACCCUGAAAGUUUCAUCUAAUUUGGAUGUUCCUGGGCCGAGAUCGAUUUUUGAGGGGGGGGGGGGGGCUUAAUAAACUGUAAUUUAUAGUGUUCGCUACACACAAUUGUUACUAUGGACAUAAAACUACUCGAGGUUCAAGAGUAUUUGUAUACAAGACUAAAAAAUAUAGAAAACAAUAUUCAAAAAAAGAUGACUUUGAAAUAUGGGUAUUUGUUAGCAUCUUCUGUUCACACACAUACUCCCAUCCACCCAUCUUACACAUGCAAUGAAUAUUGAGUUACCACUAUAAAUUAUGAUAAAAUUUCUUUGAACCUUGAAUUGAUUUUAAUUAAAACCUUCUUUAGCU